GGCACAGUUCAUUUUAGGUAAUCGUUUAUGCGGUUCUCCUUGGGGAAUAUCUAUAGCCUGCCCCUGUUUGCGUGAGUAAAAAGUUUCCAUAAUGACAAAAUCUCAGUCAAAAGAAGACCUUAUUGGUUCCAAAGAGCAGCUGCGUGGAGAUCGUAAAUCAUUCGUCUUACCACCCGAUUAUGUGUUAUCACCCACAGAAAAAAAGUUUCUGUUGCUCGCUGAGCGAGGAGACUGUGCGUCUGUUCAGAGGUUAUUGGAAGAACACAAAGGUCAGCCGGAUAUACUUAAUAUUGACUGCACGGACCCAUUGAACAGAUCGGCAUUGAUAACAGCGAUUGAAAAUGAAAACAUGGAUUUGAUACAGUUGUUGCUCAAAGCAGGGAUCAAGGUUAAAGAUGCAUUGCUGCACGCUAUCAAGGAAGAGUACGUGGAAGCGGUGGAACUUUUACUAGAAUGGGAGGAAAAGAUACACGUCGUUGGAGAUCCCUACUCUUGGGAAGCAGUGGAAUCGUCGGCUUCGACGUUUACGCCUGACAUCACGCCACUGACACUUGCAGCUCACAUGAAUAACUAUGAAAUAUUAAAGAUCCUUUUGGACAGAGGUGCUACAUUGCCCAUGCCUCACGACGUCAGGUGUGGUUGUGAUGAGUGUAUCACAUCAAACACACAUGAUUCACUUCGUCACUCGCAUUCGAGAAUAAACGCAUACAAAGCGCUUUCGUCUCCAUCCCUGAUAGCACUAUCCUCAAGAGACCCACUUCUGACCGCUUUCGAAUUAAGUUGGGAACUUCGCCGACUUAGCACAAUGGAAUCUGAAUUUAGAAAUGAAUAUAAUGAAAUGAGAAAUACUGUUCAAACAUUUGCUACAUCACUGUUGGAUCACGUGAGGACAUCAUAUGAACUUGAGAUUAUGUUGAAUCAUAACCCUAAAGGUGAUCCAUGGGAACCGGGCGAGAGACUGACCCUGGAACGUUUAAAAUUGGCCAUCAAAUACAAACAAAAAGCGUUUGUAGCUCAUCCAAAUGUUCAACAAUUGUUGGCCGCCAUCUGGUACGACGGUUUACCUGGGUUUCGUCGGAAAAGUAUGGUCGGACAAAUGGUUGAAGUUGGUAAACUUGGGGCGAUGUUCGCAAUGUACGGUUCUAUGUACAUGCAUCCAGAAUCAAAAAUGGGCCAGCUAAUGAAGAAACCGUUUAUAAAAUUCGUCUGCCAUUCGUCUUCAUAUGCAUUUUUUUUGACUUUACUAGCCUUAGCAUCUCAAAGAGCCGAGUUUUUAGCAUUGGAAUGGAUUGAUACCGAUUGGACGAAAUCAAUACUAGAGGAAAUGACUAGAAAAGAAAGAGGAUCUAUACCAGGACCAAUUGAAUGUGGCAUCAUAUUGUACAUCAUAAGUUUAAUAUGGCGAGAAGCGCAUUCUUUGUACUCGGACGGUCUGAUUGAAUAUGCAGCUGAUUUAUGGAACAUAGUAGAUUUCAUAACCAACGUAUUCUAUAUGGUGUGGAUAAGUUUGCGGUUUUCAUCUUGGUACAUUGUUCAGAGAGAAUUCAAUGAAGGGCUUGAUCCUUGGAGGCCGCGGGAAGAUUGGGAUAAAUUCGAUCCACAUCUGGUGUCAGAAGGAGCUUUCGCCGCUGCCAUGAUAUUCAGUUUCUUAAAGCUCGUGCAUAUAUUCAGCGUAAACCCUCACCUGGGACCACUUCAGAUAUCGUUGGGUCGUAUGAUCAUCGAUAUCAUAAAAUUCUUUUUCAUCUACACACUGGUGCUUUGUGCUUUCGGAUGCGGUUUAAAUCAGUUACUUUGGUAUUACGCGGACUUGGAGUCGAAAAAGUGUUAUCACGACAACAGUGACGUAGCUGACUUCGAACAAGAAGAAAAGGCCUGUUCGACGUGGAGACGAUUUGCCAAUAUAUUCGAAACAUCACAGUCUCUGUUUUGGGCCGGUUUUGGACUUGUUGAUUUGACAGCAUUUGACCUAACCGGAAUUAAGAGCUUCACUAGAUUUUGGGGUCUGUUACUAUUCGGAUCAUAUUCAGUGAUCAAUAUAAUCGUUUUGCUAAACAUGCUUAUCGCUAUGAUGUCCAAUUCGUAUCAAAUAAUUUCGGAACGAUCUGACAUGGAAUGGAAGUUUGCUCGGAGUUCAUUGUGGAUUUCAUAUUUUGAGGAUGGAGAUACUGUGCCGGCCCCUUUCAAUCUAUUUCCAUCACUGAAAAAUAUUAAACGCAUGUUAGGCCUAGAAAAGCCAAAGCGAACAUCCGGGUCGAUGAUUUUUAAGUCCAGAGAGAAAGCGACAGCUCGGCAUGAUAUUGUUAUGCGGCUAUUGGUGAGACGUUAUGUGACCGCAGAACAACGCAAGAGUGAAGAAUUUGGAAUCACGGAAGACGAUGUAAUGGAAAUACGACAAGAUAUAUCGUCGAUGAGAUUCGAAAUGAUCGAUAUAUUCAAGCAAAAUGGGUACAAAACACCUAAAAAAGAACACGAUUCUAAUGUCGCUCAAGGAAAGAAGGGUCGGGUGAUGGAACGACGAUUGCUCAAAGACUUCCAGAUCGGUUUGGUAGAGGGGCUUAUACAGGAUGCGAUUUCGUCUAACGAAAAGGGACCAAAAGACGUGUUUAGCAAAAUCGCUAAAGCCAUUGGCCGGCGGACUAGCCAGGGCAGCAAGAAGAAGGAUUGGAAUGCUGUGGUAAGACAGAAGAGCCUGGCGAGGGAUCCGAUUGGUAGCACGGCUGAGGGCGCAGAACGACGUCAUCGGCAGAGUGUGCGCCGGUACAUCCUGGAUCACCAGAAGGAUAGCUUACUGUCAAUGGACACUGAGCGGCUGGUCGAGUACAAUCCACUACUGGCCGAAAUAGCGCCUGCAGCUCGCGUGGCAUACGCUAAGUUUAAGAUACCGAAGAUCAAGCAAGAGUACGAGGAGAAUACAAUAGGACAGGACGAGGUGUUUGAGAACGUGCCCACAGUAGACAUAGUGGACGAAACAAAAAAGAGUUCGAUCGUUCGUCCAAGACCGAAGAGUACGAAGCAAUCGCCAGUUGCUGGUGCAUUGCCCUACCCGUCGACAAGUGCUGAUAAACAGCCCGCCGAAUCCGUGUCUAUCAAACCAGCUGUCGAGAGUCAACAGCAAGCAAAAACGAUCCAAAAAACAAAGACUACAGAACUCAAAGACAGUGCACCGGCGCCUGUCGUAAGUGAUGCUGCCGAGGCUCCUGCUGGAACGCAGAAAAAGGAACAGGAACAAAAGAAAUCGGAACCGGAUACAUCAAAAGAACCAACAAAGGAUGCCGAUAGUAAGUCUCAAGCGUCUACGUCUGGUUCGGGUAGUAAAAGUUCAAAAGAAACAAAAACGAGUCAUGGGGACGAAGAAUCUAAGAAAAAAGAUAUGGCUAGUACAAAAGACGCUGAUAAAGCUUCGGACAAAGAUACAUCAAAAGAUACAGAUAAAUCAAAGGAUAAAGACAAGCCAGAAGAAAAAGAUAAAGGUAGUAAACACUUAAAACCAGAAUCUCCCAAACGGUCUGCUAGUCCAAAGAAAGCAGGUGGUAAAUCAAAAGUCACAGGAGAAAUUUUGACUGGCUGGUUGUAAGGACUGCGAUCAUUUGUUUUCUAGUAUGGGUAAAAUACAUUUAUAUCAAAAUUAUAUUUAAUUGAUUUAUGACCUAGUGCUAUUUUAAAUAUAAUUUUCUAUUGGAAUAUCUAUGAAAUAUAUGAUCAUUAAACGAGAAUAUUUAAACUUGUAAAUAUAAUAUUUUACUGUUUAUUUAAAUAAAAUAUGUCA